UCCUAGAGUUAUUUUUCUUCACUAGAAGAACCAAAAGCUCUCUUUAUAAUUUUGUGGCAACAAACACUAAAAGUUAUUUAAGUAGCAAUGGCCUCAGCUGCAGUUGUCCAUAAUAUUGUGAAGCAUGAACAAGAAGAAGAUAUUGUUCGCCCUGUCGCCAACUUCUCUCCUAGUCUAUGGGGUGAUCGUUUCCAUUCUUUCUCCAUCGACAAUGAGGUUGCACAAAAAUAUGCUCAAGAGAUUGAAGAGUUGAAGGAAGAGACAAGGAGUAUGUUGUUAGCUACUGGACGGAAAUUGGCUGAGACCUUGAAUUUGGUAGACAUAAUUGAACGCCUAGGCAUAGCCUAUCACUUUGAGAAAGAAAUUGAUGACAUUUUGGAACAGAUUUACACCAAAUAUUCAAACUUUGAGGGUGAUGACUAUAAUGAUUUAUGCACUUUUGCACUUCAAUUUCGAUUGCUCAGGCAACAUGGUUACAACAUCUCUCCUAAAAUUUUCAGCAAAUUCCAAGAUGGCAAUGGCAAAUUCAAUGAGUCUCUUGCUAGUGAUGUCUUGGGGUUAUUAAGCUUGUAUGAAGCUUCACAUGUAAGGACUCAUGGUGAAGAUAUCUUAGAAGACGCACUCACUUUCUCCACUACUCAUCUUGAGUCCGCAGCUCCACAUUUGAAAUCUCCACUGAGGGAGCAAGUGGAACAUGCCCUUGAGCAAUCUUUGCACAAGGGUAUUCCUCGAGUUGAGACCCGAUUCUUCAUAUCAUCAAUCUAUGAGAAGGAGGAAUCAAAGAACAAUGUGUUACUUCGAUUUGCCAAAUUGGAUUUCAACUUACUACAGAUGUUGCACAAACAAGAACUUGCUGAAAUAUCAAGGUGGUGGAAAGAUUUGGAUUUCGUAACAACACUUCCAUAUGCUAGAGAUAGAGCGGUUGAAUGUUAUUUCUGGACAGUUGGAGUAUAUAUUGAGCCUCAAUAUUCUCAAGCUCGCAUCAUGCUUGCCAAGACCAUUGCUAUGAUUUCAAUUGUUGAUGACACCUUUGAUGCUUAUGGUAUAGUAAAGGAACUUGACACAUACACGGAUGCCAUUCAAAGGUGGAAUAUUAACCAAAUCGAUCGGCUUCCUGAUUACAUGAAAAUUAGUUAUAAAGCUCUUUUAGAUCUCUAUGAGGAUUAUGAAAAGGAAUUGUCAAGCGAUGGAAGAUCUCAUGUUGUCUAUUAUGCGAAAGAAAGAAUGAAAGAAAUAGUCAGAAACUAUAAUGUCGAGGCAAAAUGGUUUAUUGAAGGAUAUAUGCCACCUGUUUCUGAGUACCUAAGCAAUGCAUUGGCAACUAGCACUUAUUACUUGCUCACUACCACAUCUUAUUUGGGUAUGAAGUCUGCUACCGAGCAAGAUUUUGAGUGGUUGGUAAUGAAUCCUAAAAUUCUUGAAGCUAAUGUGACAUUAUGCCGAGUUAUUGAUGACAUAGCCACAUACGAGGUCGAGAAAAGUAGGGGUCAGAUUGCAACAGGAAUUGAGUGCUACAUGAGAGAUUAUGGUGUAUCUACAGAAGUGGCAAUGGAAAAAUUUCAAGAAAUGGCUUAUACAGCAUGGAAGGACGUGAACGAAGGAAUUCUUAGACCAACUCCUGUAUCUACGGAGAUUUUAACUCGUAUUCUCAAUCUUGCUCGCAUUAUUGACGUCACAUAUAAACACAAUCAAGACGGAUACACUCAUCCCGAGAAAGUCUUAAAACCUCACAUUAUUGCCCUACUUGUGGACUCCAUCGAACUUUAAACUCCCAAUUGUUACUCAUCUUAAGAGAACUUAACUCAUCUUUGCUGAGAAAGUAGACGAUAGGAGUAAUUUUUUUAUUUUUAUCCUAUUAUAUAAAGUUGUUAGGGAGCUGCUUUUGUGGUUGUUCAGUGCAGUUCCUAACUAUGACCUCUUUAAUAUCCUUGUAAGAAAUAAUGCUAUAAGUUCUUUUUGUUCUUAAUGUCAUUUCUUGAUUGUACUCUUAAGUUGGAUAUUUGACAAAGGAGAUGAUUGUCAAAUGGUAAUAUUCAAUUGCA